AAGGAAGGAGGACCAUUUGUAUGUAUUUCUAUAUAUGUACACAUGUAUAGUUAGUUCACCAUCACCCGUGCGGUGGUGCUCUCGCUUUUGCUUUGCUUACUCUCGGCUGCAAUGAUCCCUGAUCACUUGGGACUUCACCCCUCUUUCUGCCUUAUGCUGCAUGUGCCCCUGGAAUUGACGCAGUGCAAGCGAUGCAUCUCCAUCUCCAUCAGAUCAUUGUCAUGACCCCCUGGAAGCCGGUUCUUCUUGGUAUUGCGUGUGUUGUGGGAUUGCUGCUGCUUCUGCCAUCCUCGCUUGUCCUUGGCACCCCUUUGGAUGACUACGUUAACAAGCCAGACGCCAAUUACAGGUGGCACGACACGGGCAGGCGAUUGAAAGGUCGGUUCAUCACAGGAUCGUGGCACGGGGUCGUACUCAAUAUGACCAGCCAAUCGUGGCUGUCCUCGGCAGAGGUCGACUUGCCAAUUUGGACGCAUAAUCUUGUGAUUCUGAUACCCAAGAGAGUUGAAUAUGAGACGGCCUUUUUGCUCAUCGGUGGAGGUAGCAAUACCCACGGACCCCCAACAGCGACAGACGAGUUACUGUUGUUAGCUGCCGCGUUGGCAGUGAAGACAAAGACAUUGGCGGCUGUCGUGUAUCAGGUUCCAAAUCAACCCUUGCACUUCUCGGGUGAUGAAGAGCACUGUCCAAGGUCCGAAGACGACAUAAUUGCAUACACCUGGGCACGCUUUAUGGAGGACACAGGGAGGGUGGAGUGGCCUGCCCACGUUCCUAUGACGAAGGCAGCAGUCCGCGCUUUAGAUACUGUACAAGCUUAUGCUUCUAGACAACUGAAUCUGCAGGUGGAAUUUUUUGUUGUUGGAGGUGCUAGUAAACGAGGCUGGACAACAUGGUUGACAGGUGCCGUAGAUAAGCGUGUUGUGGGAAUUGUGCCCAUGGUCAUGGAUUUGCUGAAAUCAGGGAAGAACCUGCACCAUUUUUAUCGAUCGCUGGGUGGCUGGCCUGUGUCCUUUGAGCCAUAUUAUUUCUGCAAUGUAACUGCCAAACUCGAUACAACCGAGUUUGAUCAACUCAUGGCAAUUGAGGACCCUUACCUGUACAUCCAACGUCUCACCAUGCCGAAGCUUGUCGUCACUGCUUCUAAUGAUGAGUUUUUUCUGAUUGACGACAGCAUCCAUUUCUGGGAUGAAUUGGAAGGUGAGAACCACCACUUGAUUUUGGCCAACUCUGAGCACAGUCUUAUGACGGGAUUGCUCAAGCUUUUGUCAGCCACAGAAGCCUUCCACCUGAGUAUAGCAAUGGACAGGCAUAGCAUGAAACAUACAGUUGCAAGAUCUAUCCCCUGGACAGUUGGAAGUGUCGUGAAUUCUCGACCCAAGUGUUGGUGGAGCUUCGAUAGAGAGACUGGAAGAGUUGUCGUUAGUGCAUCUGAACAACCACUGGCGGCUAUUCUGUGGUAUGCCCAUACCAUUUCCAGCAGCGAAAGAAGAGAUUUUCGAUGGCUUACUGCAGAUUCGGGAAAUUGCUCUACUGUGAUAGUUGGUGGCAUGUGUUUCCAACCCAUUUUUUUCAGACCUCGCAAGAUCAGUAUUUCUGCCUUCGACCUGUCCAGUAAUGGAACUUUCACGUACAUGACCACUGUGACCUUGCCUAAGAACGGGUACGGUGCUUACUUUGUGGAGAUGAAGUUCAGAGGUCCCCAAUUGUCAUCUCCCUUCACCUUCACCACGGAAGCCGUUAUAGCUCCUGAUGAGUAUCCUUUUGCUGAUUGUCAUGGACCUCAUUGUAGAGGUACUUUGGUUUAAUCCAAGGCAAGUGCUUUUAUCCUCCAAAGGGACUCAGUUCUGAUUGAAGCUUCCAAUUCUGGUAUUUUAUGUGUAAAAUUACUUUUACAUCAAUGGUUUGAUUGGAAAACAUCUUCCACAUUGUCUUACUUUUGAAGAUGUAGUUAUGUUUAAGGAAUCUUCUUUAUAAUGUUACCUCAAGA